CGUCGCUUCCUCCGGAGAAGGCGUGACGCACCGCACUCGUGGAGCGCCGCGGAGCUUAUCGGGAAGGAAGCCGAAGCCGGGUCACCUUUAAGUGAUCUAGGAGGAGGUUCUGCCAAGAUGUGGUUCGAGAUUCUCCCUGGCAUCGCUGUCAUGGCGGCGUGUUUGUUAAUCCCCGGAGUGACCACUGCGUACAUCCACAGGUUCAGUGCCAGGAAAAAGGAGAAAAGGGUUGCCCAUUUUGCAUAUCAGUGGCAUUUGAUGCAAAGAGAUAGGCGGGUCUCUGGGGUGGAUUCUUCCUACGUAUCAAAGGGCUUGGAGAACAUUGACUAAGGAAGCAUUGUUCUGAUUGGCGAAAAAACAACUCAGUCACGCUCACCUACCCCUGCUAUAGAAGCUUAUGCAAUGUAUUCUGUAGUGGGUUAUGUAGUGCUCAAUAAAAAUAAAAUGACAAAGGAAAAUCAGAAA